CACGACUCUAUAAAAAUCCCGCGACCAAAUCUCAUCGCACUCUCCACACACAAACCCCCACCCCCCAUCUCGUCUCAAACUCAUCUUCUCCGGAGGAGAAGCCAGCCACCGGAUCGGCGAUGGCGAACAUCGACAUGGCGGCGGUGCUGGCGGACCUGGAGCGGGACGCGGCGGCGGACGCGCGGGUGCCCCGGACGAAGCUGGUGUGCACGCUGGGCCCGGCGUCGCGGUCCGUGCCCAUGCUCGAGAAGCUGCUCCGCGCCGGGAUGAACGUCGCGCGCUUCAACUUCUCCCACGGCACCCACGAGUACCACCAGGAGACCCUCGACAACCUCCGCCAGGCCAUGCACAACACCGGCGUCCUCUGCGCCGUCAUGCUCGACACCAAGGGACCUGAGAUUCGUACUGGAUUUCUGAAGGAUGGUAAACCAAUCAAGUUAACAAAGGGUCAAGAAGUCACUGUUUCCACUGAUUAUGAUAUCAAGGGCGACUCGACUAUGAUCUCUAUGAGUUACAAGAAACUUCCUGUAGAUGUGAAGCCUGGUCAUGUCAUACUAUGUGCCGAUGGUACCAUCUCCUUGACUGUUCUGUCUUGUGAUCCAGAAGCUGGAACUGUGAGAUGCAGGUGUGAGAACACUGCAAUGCUUGGAGAGAGAAAGAAUUGCAAUUUGCCAGGAAUUGUUGUGGAUCUUCCUACAUUGACUGAGAAGGAUAAAGAAGAUAUUUUGGGAUGGGGUGUCCCAAAUGAUAUUGACAUGAUUGCUCUGUCAUUUGUCCGUAAAGGAUCAGAUUUAGUAACCGUCAGGAAGCUUCUUGGACAGCAUGCUAAGCGCAUUAUGUUGAUGUCAAAGGUUGAAAACCAAGAGGGCAUUGUAAACUUUGAUGAAAUUUUGAGGGAAACCGAUGCCUUUAUGGUUGCUAGAGGUGAUCUUGGAAUGGAGAUUCCAGUUGAGAAGAUCUUCCUUGCACAGAAAAUGAUGAUUUACAAGUGCAACCUUGCUGGCAAGCCUGUUGUUACAGCUACACAAAUGCUUGAAUCAAUGAUCAAGUCCCCUAGGCCAACUCGUGCUGAGGCUACAGACGUUGCAAAUGCUGUGCUUGACGGAACUGACUGUGUCAUGCUCAGUGGUGAAAGCGCAGCUGGAGCAUACCCUGAGGUGGCUGUGAAGAUCAUGGCCCGUAUCUGUGUUGAGGCGGAAUCUUCCCUGGACAACGACGCCGUCUUCAAGGAGAUGAUCAGGUCCGCACCCCUUCCGAUGAGCCCAUUAGAGUCUCUUGCAUCCUCAGCCGUGCGAACUGCCAACAAGGCCAGGGCUACACUGAUCGUCGUCUUGACUCGUGGUGGCACCACGGCCAAGCUGGUCGCGAAGUACCGUCCCAGAGUCCCAAUCCUAUCUGUGGUCGUCCCGGUGCUAACAACAGACUCGUUCGACUGGACCAUCAGCUCCGAGGGCCCAGCAAGGCACAGCCUGAUCUACAGAGGCCUGAUUCCUCUCCUCGGCGAGGGCUCUGCUAAGGCCACCGAUUCAGAGUCAACAGAGGUGAUCCUGGAUGCUGCGCUGAAGUCUGCUGUAGAGAAGCAGCUGUGCAAGGCCGGUGAUGCUGUCGUCGUUCUGCACCGUAUCGGCAUGGCCUCAGUCAUCAAGAUCUGCACUGUGAAGUGAUCACCAGGCACGGUGACUCGAGGUGCCGCAGUCCAUCCUGCUUGGUUUUUUUGUGUGGCAAAAACUUACCUGCUUGUUCGACUCCAAUCUUCCGGAGACAAAUUAAUUAUCCCUUAAGCGCCAUCCUUGCAGUUUGCAGGGUUCCUGUAGGAGAGAGAGGACUCCAUUAUAUAGAGCUCUGUUAUUACCGUUGAUGCCCUGUAGUAUCUGGCAGGUCGUUUCCAUCUCAUGCCUGCACAAUUUUUUUCUGGUAGCUGCUGCUUGUUGUAUUCUCUGGAGUACUCUGUUAGUGAUGUCAAUACGUAUGGUAAUAAGAUUGGCAUUAUCCUCGGCA